GUUGGGAUAUUUUUUAAGCGUUCGGCAGUACAAUUGCGCGACCUUUCUUCUAGUUUUUGUUUUGUGGACCCCGUACGUUGAAGCACGCUCAAAUAGGGCUGAUGUUGCAAGCACUGGUGUCUAUGAUUGUCACGAACGUCAAAAACCUAGGCGACGGGAUGCAAAGGACCUUGUGGCGGAAGAGCGUGCCGCAGUGCGAUAGCGUCAGAAGACGUUCCACACGGCGGAGGCAGGGGAAUGGUCUGAGCUCUGCCAGUAUAUUGCACUCGCGAGGCUUCUGCCUCCACGACUACUCUGCUGCUGCAGUGCGAGCUCUGCUAACGCUUGUUAUAGUGUGCAAGACUAAUCGUAAUCUGGGGGCGGGGCUCGUAGUGGAAGAGGUCGCGGUGACUCAUCCCGGGGAGCGCUAGGUUCUCCAGAGGAAACAACAGUUGCGCAGGAGUAGAUCUCUGUCUGCAGCGACCGUUACUUAUGGGUCUAGGUCAUCGCCAGCUGUCGUUGCACUCCAGCUGCAAAACCGAGACGCUCGCGACUUGCGGCAAGGAUAGCCAGACGUGCUUCCCGUAUCUAGUCCCGCCAAGUUAUUGGGACGCGUCACUCCGACGAUGUUGCAACGGAAAUAGAGAAUUUUGAGCUGCCCUCUGCUCAGGAUUCGGGCUGGUUCCCGAAUACUUUGACGCUUGAGCUUUGCGCUCAGGUUUGUGCAGAGAUCUCGGGCUGUGAUGCAGUUGCCUUCGUGGAAAAUGGCGUGUUAUCCGAAAGCAAUGGCCACAACUGUCAACUCUUGGUUGAUAUAGCUGAGAGUGGAGAGGCGGAUUUCACGGCAACAUCCGACAUGCAAAUUAUACCCAUGAACAGGUAAAUGAAUGAAUGAAUGAAUGAAAAGAGACGAUUGCAAAAGCAAGCUUGUGAAGCGGAAUGCAGCAGCAUCAACAUUCAAAGAAGAG